AUGUCCAGCGACUUUGACAUGUCGGAUGCCUCCGACUUCGAGCCUGUCGCUCCCAUUAAGGCAGCACCAAAGAAAGCGCCCGUAAAGCGUGUUGCAGCAGUUACGAAGAAGGCAAAGGUUGUUGAGUCAGAGGAGGAGGAGUCGGCUUCGGAGGUGGACUUUGACGAUGACGAGCCAAGUCCGCCACCAAGGAAGACGGCAACGAAGAAGACUGCGUUGAAAGAAUCAACUGCGGAUAAUGAGAUGGAUGUGGACGAAGCGCCAUCACCGGCAGCCACGAAUGGCAAGAAAAAGACUGCAACAGAUACCUACCAGAAGCUCUCUCAGCUCGAGCACGUUUUGAAGCGUCCUGACACAUAUAUCGGAUCCGUCGAAGCUUCGCAAGAGAAACUUUGGGUAUACGACUCGGAACAGAACCAGAUGGUGAACAAGAACGUCUCGAUCGUGCCCGGUCUUUACAAGAUCUUUGACGAAAUCUUGGUUAACGCUGCUGACAACAAGCAACGUGAUCCCAAUAUGGACACCCUGAAGGUUACUUUCGACCGCGAGAAUAACAGCGUCAGUGUUUACAACAACGGUCGCGGUAUCCCCAUCGAAAUGCACGACAAGGAAAAGAUCUGGAUUCCCGAGUUGAUUUUUGGUAACCUCUUGACUUCCUCCAACUACGACGACGACCAAAAGAAGGUCACUGGAGGUCGUAACGGUUACGGAGCCAAGUUGUGUAACAUCUUCUCGACCGAGUUCAUCGUUGAGACCGCAGACAAGGGCAACAAGAAAAAGUACAAGCAAGUGUUCUCGUCAAACAUGAGCAAGAAGGGUGUCCCUAAGAUUACAGAGAACUCCAAGGGUGAAGAGUACACCCGUAUUACCUUCAAGCCUGAUUUGAAGAAGUUUAGUCUGGAAGAGAUGGAUGCGGAUUUGGAAAGCCUGAUCAAGCGUCGUGUGUACGAUAUGGCCGGUACCAUGAAGGGUUGCAAAGUCUUCCUCAACAACGAGCGUAUCAAGGUCAAGAACUUCAAGCAGUACGUUGAGAUGUACGUCAACUCUGUCGCGCCUGACGCUACGACUGGCAAGCCUCCGCCGAUUGUCCACGAGGUUGUUUCCGAUCGCUGGGAGAUCGCAUUCACAGUCUCAGACGGUUCGUUCAACCAGGUGUCUUUCGUCAACGGUAUUGCGACUACCAAAGGUGGUACCCACGUCAACUACAUCGCGGAUCAGAUUGUUACCAAGAUCUCCGACGCUGUCAAGAAGAAGAACAAGGCUGGUGCAAGCGUGAAGCCGCAUAUGAUCAAGAACCACUUGUGGGUGUUCAUUAACUGUCUCAUCGAGAACCCUGCUUUCGACUCUCAGACGAAGGAGAACAUGACUUUGAGACAGUCUGCUUUUGGAUCAAAGUGUGCUUUGAGUGAAGAUUUCAUCAAGAAGGUCUUGAAGUCUGGUGUACUUGAGAACGUGUUGAACUUUGCCAAGUUCAAGGCUGAUCAGGCUAUGAAGAAGACUGAUGGACACAAGAGGAGUCGUAUCACUGGUUUGCCAAAGUUGGAAGAUGCUAACAACGCUGGUACCAAGAACGGUUCGAGGUGUACUUUGAUUCUUACUGAAGGAGACUCUGCCAAGGCGCUUGCUGUUUCGGGUUUGUCCGUCGUUGGUCGUGACAACUUUGGUGUUUUCCCCCUCCGUGGUAAGCUUCUCAACGUGCGGGAAGCAAGUCACGCACAGAUCAUGGCGAACAGUGAGAUUCAGGCCAUUAAGCAGAUCAUGGGUUUGCAGCACAACAAGACUUACACCUCCGCUGCGGACUUGCGUUACGGUCACCUUAUGAUCAUGACUGAUCAGGAUCACGAUGGUUCUCAUAUCAAGGGUCUUAUCAUCAACUUCUUGGAGACGUUCUACCCGUCUUUGUUGCAGAUUCCUGGGUUCUUGAUUGAAUUCAUUACUCCCAUUGUUAAGUGUACCAAGGGCAAGAAGGAGAUUACUUUCUUCACUAUCCCCGAGUAUGAGUACUGGAAGGAGGCCAAUGAGGAGGGUAAAGGAUGGAAUAUCAAGUACUACAAGGGUCUGGGUACCUCCACUGCUGCCGAUGCGAAGAAGUACUUCUCGGACCUUGACCAGCACUUGAAGUACUUCCAUACUACUCAGGAUGGUGACAAGGAACUUAUUGACAUGGCUUUCUCCAAGAAGAAGGCAGAUGACCGAAAGGAAUGGUUGAGGCAGUUCAAGCCGGGAACCUACAUGGAUCAUAGUGUCGACAAGAUUCCUUUGGCGGAUUUCAUCAACAAGGAGCUCAUUCUCUUCUCCAUGGCUGAUAACGUUCGUUCCAUCCCUUCCAUGGUGGAUGGAUUGAAGCCUGGUCAGCGUAAGGUCAUCUUCGGCACCUUCAAGAGGAAGUUGAAGGGUGAGAUCAAGGUUGCGCAGUUGGCUGGUUAUGUUGCUGAACACUCUGCGUACCACCACGGUGAACAGUCUUUGACUCAGACUAUCGUCGGAUUGGCACAACAGUUCGUUGGAAGCAACAACAUCAACCUUCUCUUGCCUAACGGUCAGUUCGGUACUCGUAUGCAGGGUGGUAAGGAUGCUGCUUCUGCUCGUUAUAUUUUCACCGAGUUGAGCCCGUUGACGAGAAAGUUGUUCCACAAUGAUGACGACCCAUUGUUGACCUACUUGAACGAUGAUGGUCAGAACAUCGAGCCGCAGUUCUAUGCGCCUAUUUUGCCGAUGGUUUUGGUCAACGGUUCUGAGGGUAUUGGUACGGGUUGGAGUUCCUUCAUUCCCAACUUUAACCCUGAAGAUCUCGUGGCGAACUUGAGGCGCUUGAUGAAGGGUAAAGAGCCUGAGGAGAUGCACCCCUGGUACCGUGGCUUCACGGGUUCCAUCGAGAAGAAGAUCGGCAAGUACGAGCUUAAGGGUACGAUUACUCAGCUUGAUGACAACACUGUGGAGAUUACCGAGUUGCCUAUCCGCUACUGGACUCAGAACAUGAAGGAGUUCCUUGAGGUUGGUAUUGCUGGAACCGAAAAGGUACCUGCCUUCAUCAAGGAUUAUUCCGAGUAUCACACGGACGGCACCGUGCACUUCAUCGUUAAGUUGACCGACAAGGGCAUGGCCGAGGCGCUCAAGGAAGGUUUGGAGGAGAAGUUCAAGCUGACCACCUCUGUCUCUACCAGCAACAUGGUGGCCUUCGACACUGAGGGCAGAAUUAGGAAAUACAACAACGUGGACGAGAUUCUUAGGGAGUUCUACCACCUGCGUCUCGAGCUUUACCAGAAGCGUAAGGACUACUUGGCUAAUGAGCUCAUGCGCCAGUUUGAGCGUCUGUCCAACCAGGCUCGCUUCGUGCAGAUGAUCUGUGACCAUGAACUCAUUGUCUCUAACAAGAAGCGCAAGGACCUUGUCGCUGAGUUGAAGGAGAAGGGUUUCAAAUCGUUCCCCAAGAACAAGGAGGCCAAGGAGGCCGGUGAAAUGGAGGAGGCUUUGGAGGACGAAACCGCCGAUGCUGGAGACAAGGGUUAUGACUACCUGCUUGGCAUGGCUAUCUGGUCGUUGACCCGUGAAAAGGUGGCCAAGCUCAACGCCGACAAGGACGCUAAGGAACGUGAGCUCGAUGAGCUGCUCAAGCUUUCUGCAAAGGACAUUUGGGAACAUGACCUGCAGGCUUUCAUGGAGGAGUGGCAUGCUACGCUGGAGACGGACGAAAAGCUCAUCGCCGACGCUAAGUCUGGCAAGAAGCCUACCACUGGCAGAAAAGCUGGCACGAAGCUCGAGGCUAGGCCUACGUUGAAGGCGAAGGUCAAGCGGGGUAGUGAUGAUGACUCGGAUUUUGAAGCCAAGAAGCCCGCUGCAAAGAAGGCGAAGGCAUCCACCACUCCGGCAAAGGCUAAGCCCGCGGCCAAGCAGACCAAAUUAGCGUUCACGAAGACUGAACCAUCUUCACCUGAUGAAGAGGUGCCUGUCCCAGCCAGAAAGACCGCUGCGUCAACUGCGAAGGCUGCGGCCGCGAAACCAGCUACCAAGAAGGCUUUGAAGGUCGAGUCCGAUGAAAGUGAUGAGGAGUUUACUGCACUCAAGGUGGAUAAGGCCCCCGAGCCUGCAAAGAAGAUGCCCGUGGUGCAGCCAAAGGCUACCAUCAUGGACGACAGUGAUGACGACUACAUGUCGAAGCUUGCCAAGGGUACUGGUGAUGCGAAGCCCAUGUUCUCGUUCAGUGCGCUUAGCAAGCCUACAACUAAGCCUGCAGCUGCUAAGAAGCCGUCUCCCAUUGUCGACCUCUCUGAGGACGAAGAGGAAUCCGCUACUUUGUCUAAUGUAAUCGAUGACGAGUCCAGUCCAGAGAAACCAAAGGCUAAAGCCGCUCCGGUCAAGAAGGCAGCUUUAUCUGCGGCAGCCUCAAAGAAAUCAUUGAAGAUCUUGUCUGAUGAGGACGAGUCUGAAGAGGAGGUCAUGAAGCCUGCAGCAAAAGCAAAGGCUGCACCGGCUGCGAAGAAUGCUGCUCCUGCUCGUUCUGCUCGCGCUGCAAAGGCUAAGGCUGUCCCGGUCAUGAUCGACAGUGACUCGGCUAGUGAAAGUGAGGGAUCCUUCCAGGAGGAGAGUGAAGGGGAGAGUGAUUUCGAUGAAGAUGAUUGA